AAUAACAUGAGCUGUAGAUGGAUGAUUUACUGCAUAUUUCACGCUGCAAUUAUUAGUGCAGGUAGUGGUAUGAAAUGUUAUAUAGGAGCCCACGAUGUAUAUUCCAACCCUGUCACUCUAACCAUGCUCGACCAAACAGAGAUAAACACCUACCAGCUGAUAGACUGUAACGAAGCACAUUACCCCAAAUAUAUCAAACAGGUGAAUGAGAGACGGUAUGAGUUCGGAGAUGAGAAAGCAGCGCGGGAAGGAACCGCGUGGGUUUGCUCCAAGGUUCCGAACAAUGGGAAGGUUAAGAAGGAUUGCAUCCCUAAGGUCAGAGCUCCGGGCUGGUAUGAGCAUCUACUCCUUGAUCCAGACUAUAAGGGAUGCAACGGAGGUGUUUGUUACUGUGAUGACAAGGACGGAUGCAACACUGCUCCAGGAUCAAGAAGUCUAACAUUUGGAGUUAUAAUCACCGUGAUCAUUCUCCUCAUCUUCUCCUGAACCCUGCUCUUCAUCUUCUCCUGAACCCUGCUCUUCAU